AUGGCUCUCGUCAGCCUCGCCUGUGUGCUGUGCACGGACCUCCUCAUUCCUCGUUGUGUGGCGGAAUUGUAUCAAGCCUGCGCUUUCCCCACACCGCUCUUCUCCUUGCAUAAGGUCUUCAGUCCUCAAGUCCUCAAUUGGUUCACAAUCUCAUCCGUACCGGCCUAUCCCCGACUCGGCCCCGAGGGCCCUGGUGAAACGGAGAACAGGAUGAACUCGAGACCGUUGUUGAUCAGUCCUGCAGUAAUCAGCUCUUACCGGCCUGACUCGCGACAGAUAAAAAUGACACUACUCACCCUGCUGUCCUUCUUCAUGGAGCUGCUUCAGCCGCUGUUUCUCCUCAUCGUCUUCAGUGUUCGUCGCACGGUCCUUCGUGGCAACGUCGGCACAGGCUCGGAGAUAGACAUGUUGUAUGUGAUUAUUCAGGGAGACUUGGACGAUAUCGGGGUAGCUAGAGGGACGAAUAUAGCAUGUGAGGGAAAUAUGAGUUCUUAUGUGCGCCGUCCACGCUGGGAGUGGGACAAGGACCCGAGAGGUUUGCAGGAAGGCUCAUUGGCCGCCCGCCUCGCCAGUGAUGCCCAAAGCGGUCGUAUAGAUCUCGCUUCAAAGGAUACAGUCUCGUGGAGAUUUCCAGCACUCCAGUAUAGUCAGCUUUUUGCGUACCCUCAAGGUCAAAGUGAAAGGUAG